GUCCUGUCUCAGCAUCAGACGCGGAGGUGCAGGAGGAGGCGGAGGAGAGCCGAGCGCAUCCCAAAGUUUCAGGCUGCAGAUGUUCGGACGCAGCGGACCUAUGAUGGACACCUGAACCAGGGGGAGACUGCUGACUCAUACUUAUCAGGGACAUCUAAUGACAACAAGUCUGCAGACGGCCCGUCUGAGGACUGCCAGGACAAAGCCAUUCUCCACUCAAAUGAAGCCACUUUUCAUUUGUGACUGACAACCCCCACGGUCUUCAUUGACAACCCCUCUCAAAUCUUUUCCUACCUCUUGUUGCUCCUCUUUUUGUCAAGAAAGAGAGAGACAGUCAUUGUGAGGGGCAAAACAGGGGAAGAAAUUGAUCUCAGCCGCUCACAAGCCUGACCCACUAGUCAAGCUCGAGCCGGCCAGUUGAAGCAAAUGCACUGCAUUUAGCAGGUAACAUCAGAAAAGGUCAUGCGCUGUUUUAUACCCAGGGCCAUAAAUCAACUGACCUCCAGAUCUAAUUAGCCUUGGACAAACACUCACACAUAUGCACAUGCGGCCGCACAUUCACCUGCAAGCUGGCCUCUGCAGAUGCUUUAAAUAGUGUUGUUUUUCUGACGCUUAUGUCUUCCUCUCACUCCAGUUGCACAGCACCCUAACUUACACUCAAACAGCUGAACCAGGUUGGCUGUUAGAUUGUCCAUCUGCACCAUAUCCAAUGUCUAAUAAGUACACUGACCUUGACAGUGACCAGAGAGGUUUGUUUGUGUUUGUUUGCAGCCGCGGGAGCCGGUGUCACGCCCUGUCUGCCCAGAUUGAGAGUGCAAAUGAGAGCUGAUGUGGCAGAGUGGCUCAGCUGAAUAGAAAAUAUACUGCCUGAGGCUCGGCCACUUAAAGACGAACGAAACAGAGCAUCCUUACACUUUUCAGUUACAGUACAUCCUGGAAUGUGUGACACAAGAAAGUGGUCCCUAUAAUUGAAAAUGUGCGUAUGUGUGUCUGUCUCGCACAUUGUCAGAGCAGAUUAGGCUCAUAUUUGCCUCGCUCAUGUCAUUUUGACUGACCUAGAUUUGACAACUGAACGUGUCCUCUAAAAGAAAAUGAGGAUGCGCACGUCUUAAACACACACGUCACACAAGUUUGUGCUCCUGCUAACGUAGAACACGUAGGAUCUGAGACAUAAAACCUGCAAACUGACCCUUCCCUUCAAGACGGCCCCUCAUGAAUACCUUCCCAUCCUUCUCCACAUCACCACCCAACACACCAACCGUCCAGUCAGUGUGUAAGCCCUGUCUCCGGGCGCCGUGGAGGAUGAACGAUGUGCCCAUACUUGAUUAUGAGUUGCUGCUGUCCCCGGCCAGCUCCUCCCUGCCCGGCAGCCCUGGCGGCGGCAGCAGCAGCCCCCCUCUAAACCUGGUCGGGGUGGACAACGAGCAGCGGACCGCCUUGGCAUUCGUGGGCCUCCUCAUACUCUUCUUGGUCUUCCUGCUGGUCAGGUGCUUCAGGAUCCUGCUGGACCCCUACAGUCGCAUGCCCGCAUCAUCCUGGACUGACCACAAGGAGGGGCUGGAGAGGGGUCAGUUUGACUAUGCGCUGGUGUAGGGCGUAACCAUGGUUAUGGACAGGAGGGAUAUUUCAUUGUACGCAGACACAGCCUCUUAGAUCUUAAGUGAAGAUGGACAUUGAUGAUGCAUAAUCCGAAUCUGAAUUAGUGGGAAUGUGUUACCUUUUGUUGGGUUUAAAUCACUGUGUACUGGUGUAAAUAUGAGGCUUCAGGACUUUUUAAACCCACAACAGCUGCGGUUGAAGACUCACCCUGCAAACGCAGCCAUGUGGACCACGAAGGACAGAAACCAUGAGUUGCACAGCUGCCUUAAUGUGACCUACUGUAACGGUCAAAACUGCUACCACGCCACAACAUCAUCGUAGGUCCAGACCGUGUUCAUAUUUUAGAAACAUUGCUCACAACCUGAAAGUUGCACAUUCUCUUUAGAAAUCAACAGGCAGAUGAAAGAGUUUACAUUUGAGCAGAUGCCCCUUUAAAGAACUAAGACACAGUACAAAGGUUCAAAGUGCUGGUCAAGGAACAUCAUCACAUUUUUGAGCUGAUUGUGAUUUCUGACUCUUUUCCAUGACAGCGCUACAGAUCCAGAUACUUUUAAAAGGGCCAAGCCGCUGGUGUCCAUACAAUUCUGUCGCUAUAUGUUUUGUGUGUGACUAUAUCUGUGACUGAGAAGCCAUACUUAAAGAAAAAAAUGUAUUCCCUAAUUACUGCAAGUAGAGUUUAGGUUAACUGGUUGUACUCUUAGCUUUGGUGAGCCUGCCAGGUGUGGUGGUGAAGCAAACACAAGCCUUUAGGCAAAAGAAAGCUUUAUUUUUCUAUUCUUGACUAAAGUUUCAGUCUCCUUUUUGCUAUCCUUUUUGUCUUUUCCUCUUAUUGUACCAAUCUUUAGACCGUGUAUUUUUGAGGUAGAGAUGCAGCCCUGUUUUAGAACAAGGCAAAGCUGAGAGCUUUGCUUUUUUGUGAUUGUAUUUUUCUGACUAUGUGCUUUUUGUUCUUCUUUUUUUGAUAGACUGGGUCAAAACAGUGGAAUUUACUCAUUUACUCCUCUCUAAACUGGCCUGGUAGCUGAACUGUGUAAUUGCUCGGGGCUCAUGUUCUGGGUCUGAAAGCGCCUAGAGACAACUUCUGUUGUAAUAGACGCUAUAUAACUAAAAUUUAAUUGAAUUGAAUUGUGGUGAAACAACAUUGUUUAAAUUUGGAAGUUAAAUAA